AGAAAAGGAUCUCCAGUGGAACCAAGUGAUGGCAGGAGCAGAGAAGGUGAUCAUUCCAGGGCUUCAGUCAGAGACAGAGUAUGCUGUCAGGGUCAGCUGUGACUGUGGAGCAGCUGGAAGAAGCAAGGAGAGCAUCUCUGUGAAAGUCUGCACGACUAGACGAGAAUUUGCAAGCCUUGCAGAAUACCUCAAACACACUAGCAAAAAGAAACUCUCUGCAUCACCGUCAGUCUACAAACUGUCUCUGGAAAAAGAAGAUAUUGACAUUGAAGGAUGUCGAAAGUUCAACUUUGGCAAAGAAACAAUGAGGCAAAAUCGCACUCUAAUGCUUAUGGGAGCAACCGGAUCAGGAAAGUCCACUCUAAUCAAUGCAAUGAUCAACUACAUUGUCGGAGUCAACUGGAAGGAUGAUUUCAGAUUCAAAUUAAUCGAUGAAGAUGAGUCCAGAUCACAAGCUGAAAGCCAGACCUCUAAAGUCACUGUGUACAAAAUCAAUCACCAGGAGGGAUUCAAAAUUCCCUUCUCUCUGACUGUUGUGGACACUCCAGGGUUUGGUGAUACAAGAGGAAUCGGACGAGACAGGGAGAUCACAGAACAAAUUCAGAGACUUUUCACCUCUGAUAAUGGAGUUAAUGAGAUUGACGCAGUGUGUUUUGUUACUCAGGCUUCUCUCGCACGACUAACAGCAACACAACGAUAUGUCUUUGACUCAGUUCUCUCCAUUUUUGGAAAAGAUGUGGCAGAAAACAUUGAGAUGCUGGUGACAUUUGCAGAUGGCAAGCAGCCCCCUGUUCUUGAGGCAAUAAAUGUGUCCGGGGUCCCUUGUCCAAAAAACGACAUAGGGCUUCCAGUUCACUUCAAGUUCAACAACUCAGCAUUAUUUGCAGACAACAGAUCCAUCAAUGACAGAGCUUGUGAUGAGGAUUCAGAUAAUGAUGACAACUUUGAUGAAAUUUUUUGGAAAAUGGGAGCCAAAAGUUUGGAGAAGGUCUUCAAUGCUUUGGUUAAAAUGUCAACCAAGAGCCUGCGAAUGACCCAAGAGGUUCUCAAAGAAAGAAAACAGCUUGAAGUAGCUGUUGAAGGUUUGCAACCACAGGUAAAAAUCGGAUUAGCAAAACUUGAAGAAAUCAAGAAAACCAAAGAAAAGAUUAAAGAGCAGGAAACAGUCAUAACUACAAAUGCAAACCAUGUCAUUGAAGUGGAUGUGAUUAAGCCAGUGGAAAAAAAACUGACUAAUAAAGGAGAGUACAUCACCAACUGCCAGAAGUGUUCAAUGACGUGCCACUACCCAUGUGCAAUAAAAGAUGAUGACAAAAAACAUGACUGUGCAGCAAUGAGUAGCAAUGGGAUGUGCAAUGUCUGCCCUGGAAGAUGCAUUUGGAAUGUGCAUUUCAACCAAACAUACCGUUGGGAGUAUGUGAAAGUGAAAGAGAAGAAGACACUGCAAGAGCUUAAAGAGAAGUAUGACAAAGCUAAAAAGAGAAGAUGACUGUUCAAGAGUUGGUCGAGUGGCAGGAGAAAGAAAUUUCCCAUCUUGAAGACAUGAUUAUGUCCCUUAUAGAUCAGUGUGCUAAAAGUAUCACACGUCUGCAAGAGAUCGCCCUAAGGCCCAACCCUCUGACCAUCCCACAGUACAUUGACAUGCUGAUCGAAGGAGAAAAGGCAGAAGCCAAAGAGGGUUAUUUGGCUCGAAUCCAGUGUUUGGAAGCAAUGAGGGACAAGGCAAACAUCAUCUCAAAAGUUUGCAAGCGAGAAACGGAUGCAACAACAGAGGAGGAAAUGACAGAUGAAAAUCAAAAGGAGAAAGAAAAGACAAGCAUCUGGGGGCGCUUGAAAUUUUGGUGAUACAAGGAAAAGUAUGAUGUUAAGUUUGUUUCUUAAAUCAUUCUAAAAGUUUAGCUCUGGUUUAAACUAGAAUGAAGGAAUUCAAAAAGCAGCAAAACAUCAUGAUCAUCAAAAUGUUCAUAUUCAUAUUCAUAUGAUAAAACCAUGAUAGUCUUUGCAAGAUAUCCUGGUUUUGAAUGCUCCUUAAUCCAAUGAAGGUGUGUUUUUCUUUCAUUCCUUCUGAUCCAGACUGAUGUAUGUCAAUGCGUAAGAAAAUUGUGUUUUUUAAAUGAAUAUUUGCUUUGUAUUUAGAACAGUGAAUGUUCCUCAUGAUGAUUGAAUGGGUUUUUUUUUCUACGUUUUUAAUUUGUAGUGUUGGUGUAGCUUUUGCAGGAAACAACUGAGACACAUACAAUAGUGAGGAACUGCAACUAAAGUUAAGACCAAGCCACCUACACCAAUGUGCCAUCCAAGCAAUCUCAUGUUUCAGAUUUUAACUUUUACAUUUAAACUCAUAAUGCAUUUUGUGUGUUCUGUUUUCUGAUAGUGCUUUGUUUCAUCUCUGUUAUACCUAAAAGGGCAAAAAAAUAAUCUCAUAGAAUUUGGCUAUAAAGAUGUUGAUCACUGACAAAAAUUGUAAAUAUGUUGCACUGGAAAUGUUGGUUAACUAAUUGUUGUGUGAUUAAAAAAAUGUAAUAUUAAACUGA